AUGCCUUUGGCCCCACUUACAAGCAAGGAAAUAUUAGGCAGUGGAGUCAGCGUCAAAGAAGAGUUCAACGAAGAUGUCACCGAAGAAAUUAAGGGGGAGCCAUUUGAAUAUGAAUAUGAAGUGAUAAACAAAGUGUGUAAUGUGAAUGUGAUACAUGAAGUCAUUUAUUUCAUGAUCUUUGAUCUAAGACAUGAGGCAAAUGCAAAAGUCUCAUGUAACUUGGUUAAAGGAUUAGGAGAACCAUACAGCUGUGAAACUUGCAACACAGCCAUCUCUGGGAAACAUAAUCUGAGGGAGAACCAUACAGCUGUGAAAUUUGGGGACAAAACCUUUUCACGGAAAAGUAGUCGGGGUGAGACACAUGAGAGUCAUACAAAGAAGAAGUGUAUCACUGUAAAAUUUUGCAAGAAGACCUUCCCUGAGAGAAAGAGGCCUUUUUCAUUACGCAUAUGCGAGUACAUAGAAGAGAAAACUUAUACAGCUGUGAUAUUUGUAAGAAAAACUUUUCACAUAGAAGUAGUCUGUAUAAGGAGUCAUAUGAGAUUACAUACAAAUGAGAAGCCAUACAGCUGCGAGAUUUGUAACAAGGGUUUUCACAGAAAAACAAUCUAUUGA